CUCGGCGUCCUUCUCGUUCUCCUCCUCCUCUCCCUCCUGCAGUGCACGAUGAUGCUCUGAUUGGUGGUAGUAGACCACGUCCGCUGGACAGGGGACAUGGAUACUGACGAAGACGAGUUCUUCGAAGCGUUAGAAGAGAUCCCUUCCGGGUCCGAGGAGGGGGAAGACGAGCGGUCCAAGCGUCGCCUGCCCUCUCAACAACAGCAGCAGCAGCCGCCGCCGCCGCCGCCGCAGCAGCAGCAGCAGCAGCCAUUACCGCUCUCGCAGCAGCUUCGGCCGCAGCAGCAGGCGCAACAACCGCAGCAACAGAGGCAGGAGGCAAACAAAGCCUUUGGAGAGGGCGGGGGGGGGGGGGGCGUAGACUGCAUUCAGGGGACGGGGCACGAUGGGUUGGGCUAUCAUCAACGGGGUGCGGUGGGAGGGAGUUGGGAGUGGGGCAGUUGUAAGGAUGGGCAGAAAGAAAACAGGGUGGGUUAUGGGAACACGGGCUUUCGUGACGGCAAGGAGGUCAAGGUGGAAGCACGCAGCAUGGUGGUGUCCGGCUCUCGAGAUGGCAGCAGAGGGAGGAUGGCAGAAGAGAACAACAGCCGGGGGAGCAGCGGCGGCAGGAACGAGAGACAGUCCUCUCGGAAUAACGGGAGUAAGACCUGGGAUAGAGUGGGGGAAGAUUGUACCUGGAGCGCGGAGAUGAAGAGGGGGGGGGAUUACUCGAUGGGAUAUGGGGGUGCGAGGAUGAAUGGCGUGACGGCAACGACGACCGUGACGACGAGAACGAGAUUGUCAAAGUCCAUGGCGGCGGAACUGGAAAGCGAGGCAGGGGUCGUUGGGAUUGAGAGAGUCGAUAGCGUCUCGAGAAUGGGAGGAGGGGGGGAUGUGAGCAGUGGAGUGGACAAAAGCCGAGCAGUCAGUCAGGGGAAAGUGCGCGAGAGAUCAUUGACACCCUCCGCGGCGCAACGGGGAGGGAGUUCCUUCUCUGAGAUGGACUUGUCUGUGUGGAAGGAUUUGCCGGGGACGGUGAAAGAGAGGAGGGAGAGGUUCUGGCAGAGCUUGAAAGGGAGGAAUGGCAAGCUUGGAUCGUCCAUCGCGGCGCAGUCGCAACGAUCGAGAAGUGUGUCCGUGCCAAAGUCUAACAAUUACGUCCACGAUUUGCGACCGAUCAGAGAGAACGGGAUCGGGAUGGGUAGUGUGGAGCAAGGAGGGGAGGAGGAGGCGGUUCCGUCCAGGGCGAGGAGCGGGCUUGGUGGCGGCGGGAAUGAAGGAGGAGUGGGGAGGACUAGAGCACUGGGCCGGAGUCGUCUGCGGCCCACGUCUGCGUCGUCGUCGUCAUUGUCACCGCCGGUGGCAGAUCGUUUGACGGCGCUGAGGAAAGAUGGGGUUGGGGGUUUUGAACCCGCGCAGAGGGGGGCUGAGGAAGAGAGGAGUUCGAUAUCGAGGAUUGCGAGCUUUGCUGCGAAGCCAUCGAGGCCGCUUCAGUCUUGGGUGUCGUCGACCGCCAACUGGGUGAGGUGGAGGGGGGGAUCAGGGGUCUCUCAGAGUCUGGAUACCGGUGACGGAAGGGCAGGGUGGGAGGGGUGGGAGCGAGUCGUGUACGGAGGGGUAGGCGACGAGGGGAUGCGAUCAUUCAGUGCAAGGAAGGAGCGACCCCGACCGGACUGGUUAGCGGACUCCCCCGAGCAGACGGCGAAGGGGGCGAGAUCGGGCCCUUUGUGGGAGCCGGCGAGGACCAGUCGUUGGGAUGCUUUCGGUGAAAGGGAGAGGCAGAGAGGAGGAGGAGGAGGAGGAGGGUGUCCUGACGAGGGGGCCAAAGAAGCGGGGAGCCGCUCUAGUAGUGGUUGUGCGCCCCGGUCGUUGUCCAGAGAAAACGUGGACAACGGCCGCAGAGAAGAGAAGAGAAGAGACUCGACAUCCAUCUUCACCACGCCGGCAAAUCGGUCCUCGGGGCGGGGUUCGACUGGGGAGGGGGUAGGCGGAGGCGAAGUUGUACGCGGGACGCGGAGAUCGUCGUCGAGGCAGAGACAGAGAGAGGAAGAGGAAGAGGAGGGAGAAACAGAAGAAGAAGUUUUGACGAGCGGGAGGCACAAGCGGUCGAAGAGCGACCCGAGUCUUAUUGGCAGCCCGGGAGCGGAGCAGGAGGCGGAAGUUGGGCGGCAGUCGUAUUCCAGGGAGGGGGGGAAGGAAGGGUCCUCGAGCGGGAGAGCGGGGGCCGGCGAGGUGAGGGCGGAAUGGCGCCCGGCGGAGAGGCUAGGGUGUAGUUCGUCCAGCGGGUCAGAUGGCGUGUUCGUAGAGGGGGGGAGGGAGGGGGGGAAGAACGGGGUAGGGGACGGCCGCGGAGGGGGGGGCGAGGCGGACUCUAUGCUUAGGGUGCACGAUUUCAAAUCGGGGAAGGAGAUCGAGGUCGAGAUGAUUUACAGAAUAAGGGACCUGGACACGGGGAAAGAGUUCAUUUUGGGGGAGGACUUGUGCGCGAACCCCAGGGGGGCGGGGAAGGAGGGGAAUAGAGUUCACGAGGUUGUGCACGAGGUUGGAAAAGGGGGGAAGCUGGGGAAAGACAUGACGCUGGACGAGUUCCAAGAGUCGCUAGGGAUAUACCCUUUGACGCGGGAGAUGGCGAUCAGAGAGAGAAGGGAGGGAAGAGGUGGGGGGGUUAAGGAAGAGAAGGGGGGGGAUAAAAAAGAAGGAGAGGGGGGCGGGAAGAAGAAGGGUAGGUGGUUUCGCUCGAUUAGAGUGUACGGCGGAGGUUCGAAAGAGAAGAAGGGGGGGAAGAGUGAAGGGGGAGGGGCGGAGACGGGGCAGGGGGGCAACACGCCGAGAAGCGACACGUCCUCGACCAAGGAUUACGCCAGCUGCACGGAGGGGGAGAAGGCGGAGGGGAGGAAAGCGGGCAAGCGGAAGAAGGGGGAGCAGCAACCGUCCAGCACGGAGACCAGGGAGAAGGUUCAUCAUCACAGGAAGACCCACAGGGACCUUACCGACUUGAAGUUGGGCCAGGAGCUGAGGGCUCAUGACGGUGCCAUUUGGACGAUAAAGUUCAGUCGAGACGGAAAGUACAUGGCGAGCGCGGGGCAGGACAAAAUCGUCAAAGUGUGGCUGAUACUUGACCGCAAGCCCAGUUCGAACACAAGGGGUAGCGGCGCGAGCGGCGAGGGAGGAGAGGGAGAGAGGGGGAGGACUUGCCGCGCAGACGACGAAUGCGAAGUGGGGAAUAGCGGGCGUCUGAGCAGCAGUAGCAGUUCAGGGAGUUGCCACAGCCUGGGGAGCAAUGGCAAUGGGAGCAGGCUCGGGGGGGGGGGAGGAAGCGCCCCCGCUCCCCCCGGAGCGACGGCGGGGUCCUGGGGUGGCAGCUUCUACAUCCAAGAGACGCCGCAUCGGGUCUUCAAAGGGCAUACAGGGGACGUGCUCGACAUGUCGUGGUCCAAGUCUCAGUUUCUCUUGACGUCAUCAAUGGACAAUUCUGUCCGGCUUUGGCACAUUUCUGUCGACCAAUGCCUGCGUGUGUUUCCUCACAGUGAUUUCGUGACUUGUGUCGACUUCAAUCCUGUUGAUGACAAGUUCUUCAUAAGUGGGUCUUUUGAUGACAAGCUAAGGAUCUGGAACAUUCCUGACUUCUCGGUUGCGGACUGGACAGACGUUCGCGAGAUUGUGACCACAGCCUGUUACACCAGGGAUGGGAAGGGGGCAAUUGUUGGAUCUCAUAAGGGCAUUUGCAGAUUCUACAGCAUUACAGGCAACCAUCUGAAACUUGAAGACAGUGUGGAGGUUCGAAGUAGCCGUGGAAAGAAUGCCCGAAGUAAGAAGAUAACAGGAGUACAGCACAUGCCAGGGGACGGGAGGAAGGUCCUAAUCACAUCAAAUGACUCACGGUUGCGGUUGUAUGAUGGUAUGAAGCUGGAAUGCAAGUACAAAGGACAUCGGAAUGCUAGCAGUCUGGCGGCGUCGUUCAGUGCAAACGGAGACUUCCUGAUCUGUGCCAGUGAAUGCUCGCAUGUGUUCGUUUGGAACACAGUCAACUCGUAUGUGCCUUCAAACCUCAUGUAUACAAGUUACAAAAAGGAUAAACACCAGUCCUACGAGUACUUUUACUCUCCGAAUGUUACAGUCGCAAAAUUCUGGCCCCUCCGGAUGAAUGUCAAUGGACAAACAAGCUCCAACUCGGCUGCAGGUGGCCACUCAAAAAGUUCUGCACCCAGUUUCAACAGCAGCAUCCGGCAGUCAUCGUCUCAGAAAUCAACGUCAGGUAAAUCCAUUCACGAGGAUAGGAUUGAUUCACGCAGACAAGGGAGUUCGAGCGACUUUCUGAACCCUGCUGCAAGGGAAGCAGAUGAUAAAUGUGCAGGGAAGGGGCUUGAGAAUGGGGGAGGGGGGUUUGAAGAAGAGCAGGACGAUGUCCCAAAUGGUGGACGGAAUCGGGACUCGAUGAGCAGACCUGGACACCCACCUCGACCUACGAGCUCAUCGUCCAGGGGAAGCAAGGGGUCUGCAACAUGGAGAGGCAGUUCUAAGAAGUCGGAGACAGGUGGCACGGGUGCUGACGGAGGUGGUGUACAUACCCCUUCUCCCGGACCAGGUACUCCAUUGGGAUCUGAAGCAGGUGGUUCGGACCCAGCCAGUCCAACAGGUGCAGGGGCCAGGGUGGAUGACAAUGAUGUGCCGGGAGUCGCACACUCCAAUAGUCGUGCGUUGCUGGACUUAGAACCCUCACCUGAAAGGCCAGGGCCUUGGGCAAAACCAAGGGAGAACGAUACAGAUUUUGGAAAAUCUGUGGCUUGGGCACAGGCUGCGGGAGAGAACGCAUUCGCUGCGGCCAGUGCCAUGGGUAUGGUAAUCGUUACAGGAAACUAUGCCGGUGAGAUUCGGACAUUUCUCAACUUCGGAGCACCUGUGAAGGCUUGACUCUGGACCAGAUAUGCAGCCACUCCGGUCACAGGUUCCGUCUGUGCUUGUGUGUGCGGGUGGGGGAGUGCACACACACACACACAGACAGAGAGAGAGAGAGAGAGAGAGAGAGAGAGAUGCGGGGAAACAGAGGGUUGUAUAAAGGGCGUUGUCCCCUUGGAGAGGGGGUUUGCUGAGCCAUAGCUUUCCAUUGCUUGGAAGGGAAAGGCCAAACAGGUGGGGGUGAUGAAUCUCUGCUGAUCAAGGGAGGCAAGUAUAAGUAUCUUGCAUCUUGUCACUUCUGCGCUGCCGAGCAGCAUGUAUAUGCUUGCUCCAUUUUACGACUGUUUUAGCAGAAGGCUUUGUGACAAUGCGCAGCAGGUUUCGUCAUUUCUCCUCUCAUCCCCGAUUUCCCUGUGUGUUGCAUUCUCUCCAGUCCUAUUUUCUGCCUUACGGCCCGGUUAGGUUGCCUGUCCUCAAAGGUACUUUGGGGUGCUAUUCUUUCUUCUUUGAUCAUUUGUGAUCAUUUUCUACAGUCUCUGCAGGCAAGUUUUUAUCUUUUGUGAAUUGACAGGCCGGGCUGAAUCUCCUAGAUCUCCAUAUUUUAGGCAUUGGGACGUCUAACACGGCACUUCCUUUGAUAUAAGUGAGCUUCACUGUCUUCGACAUGUUAGGUUCCGAAAUCGAACAUCUAUUUUCUAGUCUUCGGAAAACGCAUAUCUGUGUUCUUGUCCUCUUCGCCAUGCUCAUCCCAGUAUGGUCUUCUUCGCUAUCCGCUUCCUGAUCUCCUUUAUCACAGUCUGUUCUAUCCCUUCCUACCUCCUUGGACGCCUAUUGACUGGCGCUCUUCUGCAUUGAGGCCUCUUUUUGUUAAGGGUUUUGGGAGCAGCAGUUGAGCACAGAUCCUCUUCAAGUAAUGCCCACUUUUGAGAGCAGCAGUUGAGUACCAGAUCCUCAUCAAGUUAUGCUCACUCAACCAACUCCUGGAGUCUCUGAAGCCUUUUGGAUGGUAGCGCUUGUGUGCAGGCCAGGCAGCCAGCCGGCUCGCCGACUGUGGCUUGCCCUUUUCCUUCUGUUCUAACCACUAAUCUUCGUCGCCAGUACGCUUCCCCGGUGAUUGUAGCUUUUACCUUUUCAAAUUCGUCUAGAUUGUCGCAGAGGGAAGGAUGACGUUGGGAGUGCGUCCUCACUGUCCUUGUUCACACAAAAAAAGGGGUUGAUCUUGCUGGCGUAUGCCUGCAGCCUCUAUCGAAUACCAGUCUAAACAUUCCAGCUUGCCCACCCACACCAGAGGUCUUACACUGUGGUUCUCGGACAAAGGCUUGUCUUCUCAACCUAUAUGCCACACGGUCAUCCCUUGUAUCUUUCAUCAUUACAGUCUGUUUCGUCUUCUCAGCCAACCAAUUUGUGUCAUGCGGGCGAUGGACAUUAGAUUUUUCCACUUCUUGGAGCACAAUCAUUUGGAUUUUGAAGUGGAGAUUGGCAGGGAUAAAAGUCUGUACAAUGCCAUCGAGCAUCUUUCCCUCUUGCACAGAAUCCUUUCUUCCACAGUGCACUCACGUUGUCCCUACGUUGACUUGUUUGUUUCCCUGUGCCCCACGUUCCUGAUAUGCACAACCGUGGCCUUCUCAAUGAGGCUUCGUACCGCCACCCUGUGAGCUUGGUCUGACCGGAUGUUCAUCAAUGCUCCCUCUUGGAUUUCGCCGGGCCCAUGGGGUACCAUCCACCCUGCUCUCUUCUUGUGGGUACAUUGUCACGUCAUCAGCACUAGAAGCUUCUCCGUCUGGAAGGCUUCUUCUUCCCAGGCCUCCCUCUGCCAAAUUCAGCAUCAGCCAACUUCUCUCCUCUCGUCAUCCCUUCUCUGUCCUGUCGUGUCACUCUGCAUGUGUCCUAGUGAUCCUCGUCCAUUGCUUUCUCAGAGUCCAUACAUUCGACAUUGGCGAUGAUCUCUCGCCCUGGACACUGUGAGGCCACCCCACCCCUUCUGUUUUAUUUGUGUAGGUUCGUUGCUCUGUAUCGAGGAGUUGAAGAUUGUAGAGCGUCGUUCGGUCAGAAGGCUUCUACUGUGUAAGUGAUUUUUUUUCUCGUUUUUAGGAGGUUGCUCUGUUGCUGUCGUUCUCCCAGCAUAGAAGUUGCUGGGGCUCUGCCAGCUCCGACUUGCUUUUUGCUUCAUAGCUACGUGACUUGCAAACACUGCAGUUUGUCAGAAGGAUAAUUCCUGAUUAAGGAAAAUGAGUGUCUUCACCUUUUCGGAGACUUUACGGGCUGCAAUUUUUCCGUUCCUUUCAUUUUUUCUAAUUUUUUUUCUUUUCUUUAAACGCGAUUUGUAAUUACAUACAGGAAGAAGGAGGGGAUUCCCUCCCUCCCCCUCCCUCUCUCUUUUGGACGUGGGUGAUGAAUCCAGUGUGCAUCAUCGGCGUCUCUGGCAGCUGGAUCACAAAGGGGAGGUGGUUGGUUCUGUAACACCAGGGACACAAACCACCACACUGUACUUGUCCAUUGUCGAAAUCUCCUUCGCUGAAAUCACAUAGCUUUGCUGCUGCUGCUGCUGCUGGGAAGGGGACCUGAAACCCAAGGAGAUCCAAUGCUAACAACGGUGUGUACUUUUGUGUAGUGACAUUUUGAAAUGUACUCGCUACUACUCGGAGUCAACAGUAUGGAAAGAAGGCUCCAGCUGACAGCCAGCGUGUUGCGGCAAAUGAGGUCGAAGGCAAUGAAGGGUGCAUUACGAG